UUUACGCUCAUCCGCAUGGUGCAAUCGGUGGCUCUUCUCCGUUUAAUCUCGUUUUCUUGCGAAUAAUUUGGCAUAAAAUCGGAAAAUUAUACUUCAUUAUUCACCAUCGACGGUGAAAUCAUCUUCAACAGAGCAGUCGUCAUCAUGUGGCCCGAAGUGCAGGUUGCCAAAGAGGAAAACCGCCGGGAGCUGGUCCUUUCCGGUGCCGCUGCUCGGAAACGUUUCGCAGAAACCGGUGGUAAUCUGGACGAGACCAUCUACCAGCUGAGUGCUCUCAAUCUGCUGAACAUCAACGAUACUCCGCUGGAGGAGAUUUCGUCCGAGAUCGGCAAUCUGGAGCAUCUGCAGUCGUUGCUUCUGUUUCGGAACAAAAUCAGCUCAAUUCCGGUGGAAGUUUGUCAACUUGCCACUCUGAAGGUGUUGGAUUUAUCCGGAAAUCUGAUCGAAUCGCUGCCAAGCGAGCUUGGCCAGUUGAAGGCACUGACGACGAUUAAUCUCUCGAGAAAUAAACUGAAGCAGGUGGACCUCGGUCGGCUGGAGUGGUUGGCGAUGUGCAACUUGUCUUCUAACCAGCUGGAGGAUUUCCCGGUGCUACCGUGCGGAAAAGAUGCGCAACAUUUGUAUGAGCUUAAUUUGGAGAAGAACCAGAUCAAGGAAAUACCGGCUAGUUUGGUGAACCAAGGAAGUCUGAAGACGUUGAAUGUGGCCGAAAAUAGCAUCGAAUUAGUUCCACAGUUUUUGGUCAAAUGUGUCAAGUUGAAGGAAAUCAAUCUCAAGGAUAAUCCAUUAAAGGACAAGCGUCUGAAGAAGCUCGUGGAACAAUGCCGCAGCAAGCAGGUGCUGGAUUACGUCGAAAAGAACGGUUACGUUGCCCCGAAGUCGGCUGUCAAGGCCAGCGAGAAAACUUCGCUUUCUGAAUCCGAAUCGGUACCGGAGGAGGUUGAUGUUCGUCAGAAAAUCACCAUUGUCAAAGCAUCGGACGAUGCCAAGAAAGUCAGCUUCACGCCGGAAGCAAAAUCGCUUCGACCGUAUGCGCUCCAUUGCAUCGUGCGGGACUUUAACGUUGGCAACAUGAAGAAAUUUCUUCAGCUGCAGAACGAUCUACAUGACAACGAAUGCGGCAAGCGAGAGUUUGCGACCAUUGCGACCCAUGAUCUAGCGAAAAUCAAAGGGAACAUCCGCUAUCGAGCGGAUCUAUCCGAACUAAUUCAAAUAACUCCACUCGGCGGUAAAGCCAAGGUGACGGCAGCUAAAUAUUACGACGAAUUGAAGCAACACGCGGAAAUGAUUCGUAAGGAAAAGAAAAGGAGCACCUACUCCGGAAUCUACAAGUUCAUCAACCUGCUCGAAGGUAAAGUGUUCGUCUUCUUUGACGACGAAGAGAAGAUAAUCAGCCUUCCUCCGCUGACGAACUGUGAUGAGACGAAGAUUACACCGGAGACCAAGCAUAUGCUGCUGGAGGUGACCAGCUCGAUUGGCUUUGAGGUCUGCCACAAGGUGAUGUCGGCGCUGAUUAAAAAGAUGCUGCUGAUGAAUGUGCAGGUCAGCCGGGCCCAUCCGGAGGGAAAGAAGAAGUCCAAGGCCAAAGGAGCGCCGAUCGUGACGUAUGACAAAUCGGUGGAGAUGUUCGUCGAGCAAGUUCGGUUCUACGAUGCGGAAGGCACUUUCCACUCGGUCUAUCCAGGAAAAGGGGAUCUGGUGUUCCCCGAGGAGGAGAAGAUCGACGUCGAGUUCAAGUGAGCCGUUCAAUUUCGGAGGGGUCGGAGCGUUUCUUAUACCUGAUGUUUUCUACUGCUGUGUUAUGUUUUACUGAUUGAAUUUAAUUUUUUUGCAAACAGAAAUGUUAAUCAUCCAAAGCCAUGAAGUAUCAAUAUACAAUUAAACAGUUGUAACGACGAUGCAUAAGAUGCUACAUGAAUAACGGUA